AUUUCUCUCUCAAAAUAUUCUCCCAUUUGAUUUCUGAUUGUAAACCAUCUUUCAAUUCAAUCUCACCACACCACAAAAGCUUGCAUUUUGAUGCUCUCUGCUCCUCAUUUGAUGGUGUAGGAGUUUUGUUUUUAUUUUUCCCUUUUUCUUUUUGGUUAAUUUUGUUCGGUUCCUACUCGGAAGUGGUUUGUUCUGGAGUUGGCAAUCGUCGAGCUGUGAAUGUAUCAUCCUGGAAUGAAUUAUUCGCGCGAGGGUGGGAUGCUGUGGAUUCCAACUAGGUUUGUGUGGCCUUAUGGAGGGAGAAUUGUGUUUAUCAGUGGCUCGUUUACAGGGUGGACUCAAUGGCCGAUGACGCCAGUGGAGGGUUGUUCGACAGUGUUUCAGACUAUCUGUAGCCUCCCUCCAGGGUAUCACCAGUACAAGUUUGUGGUUGAUGGCGAGUGGAGACAUGAUGAACAUCAGCCUUUCAUCAGUAGUAGCAUUGGAACGGUGAAUACUAUCCUCAUCACUCGGGAAUCUGAGUUUCUUCCGCCAAUGCUAAGCCAACCCAUGACUCUCUCCGGUCCUGUUUCCAACAUGGAGGUCGAUAACAAUGCCAUAAAUUCUCCCUAUCGUAUGGUACGAUUGAGAGAAGGUACACCCCCUGAGCCCAUCCCAACAGUAUCAGAUGCUGACAUUGAGAUCUCUCGUCAUCAAAUAGAUUUGUUCAUGUCAACACACUUAGCUUAUGAGUUGCUCCCUGAAUCUGGAAAGGUUAUCGCAUUGGAUGUUGAGCUGCCUGUAAAACAAGCAUUUCAUAUCUUACAUGAUCAGGGGAUCCCUAUGGCAGCCUUAUGGAACAGUCCGAAGGGAAAGUUUGUUGGUGUUCUUAGUGCUCUCGAUUUUAUAUUAAUUAUGAGAGAGCUUGGCAGUAAAGGUUCCAAUUUGACGGAGGAAGAAUUGGAUACACAUACUAUAUCUGCUUGGAAAGAAGCAAAAUCUUACAUGAAUAGUCAAGUUGCUGGGCAAGGAUGUGCUUCUAAACAACUGAUACAAGCUGGACCGGACGACAGUUUGAAGUCAAUUGUUUUGAAGAUUUUACAAAAUGGUGUAUCCACAGUUCCAGUCAUUCAUUAUCCUUCUGCAGAUCCCUCAAACCCACAGCUAUUACAUCUGGCUUCACUUUCUGGAAUCCUAAAAUGCAUUUGCCGGUUCUUUAAGCAUUCACCAAGUUCGUUACCAGUGCUUCAGUCGCCAAUUUGUGCAAUCCCUUUGGGCACUUGGGAUCCAAAAAUCGGAACUCAAAACGAGAAGCCAUUAGCUAUGUUGAGACCGAAUGCUCCACUCAGUGUAGCAUUGGAUUUGUUAAUUCAAGCCCAAGUUAGCUCAAUUCCAAUUGUGCAUGAACAUGACUUUUUAUUGGAUGUGUAUUCCCGAAGUGAUAUAACUACUUUGGCAAAGGACAAAAUGUAUACUCACAUUAACCUCGAGGAAACUAGUGUUCAUCAGGCAUUACAGUUGAGAGAUGACCCCAUUUCUUUGUUCGGAACAAAUCAACGGUACUUUACUUGCCUGCGGACUGAUCCUUUCCAUAAAGUACUUGAGCGACUCUCCCAACCAGGGGUUAGGCGCCUCAUCGUUGUCGAAGCUGGAUAUAAGCGUGUGGAGGGCAUCAUUUCAUUGGGUGACGUCUUUCGGUUUCUCAUGGCAGUUAAACAGUGAAUUCACCACCUGUCGGCCCUGCCAUGGUAUGCCCUCUGAUUCAUGGCUUGGUUGCCCUUUUUUUUUUCUCUUAAGUUAAUAGGAUGACAGUAUGAGGGGAUUUUCAAGUUACAUGGCCUGUCAAAUGUAGCUCAAAAUAUUUUUUGGGCCAAAAAAGAAAAAGUCGAAAAUCAAAUCUUUGGGAUGAUGAUUGAAUCAAGAUUGGAUGGUUCAAAAUUUUUUCCCCCUUGUCCUUUUUAAUGUAUAAUUCUUGCCGUUUCAUUUUGUUGUAUAACCUGCCUUGAUCAUCCUCGCUGUCCCAGCGGGUUGAGUCCAAGUCUGGUCUGUCUGUACUGAAGUUUGAAUUCUUCAGAACUUUAGGAGUAGUUUAUGGCUUAUUGCGCCCCUUCUCUUCUUCCAUUUUAACAAUUUUUUGGUUGCUCUUAAUGGAAAAUGAAAUAUUUAGGGAGAGAGAGAAAAAAAAAAAAAAAACAAAACAGAAAGAAAGAGUGAGAAAACAGAUAGUCUGAAAAUGAAGAGCAGCUUGUAUAUUGUAGCUACAUAUUUUUUUUGGAGCUUUUGUUAAUUUUUCAUGAGCAUUUAGCACUAUUUAAGUAUACUUUUGUAUUCAAGAAUGGAUUUAUUUUAUGGGAUGAAAUUCACGAGCUCGAACAGCAAAAAAAAAAAAAAAAAAAAAAGAAAAGAAAAGAAAGAAUGGGACUAAGAAAGUUUUUGCUGAAGUUUUGAUGCCUUAGUUCAUUAUAUAUACAAUGGGACACAGGUGUGUCGACGAGCUAAUUAAUUAGUUCGAUCUAGAUUUGAAAUUAUGAGGGAAUUUGUAUUUUUUCACAUUUUUUUUCCAUGUUGCGUAUAUUGAAUAUGGAAUGAUGUUCUGUAAGUUGGUUAUCCAUCUUGAAUGUCGAUAAUACUACAUUUGAUGAAUGUAUAUGAAUAAAUCUUGUUGGAACCCUUUUGGUUUACAUCUUUGAUC